CCCUGCUGGCAGGGCGCUGUGGGACCGGGGCUGUGUCUGCCGGGUGGGACAGUGAUGGGGACUCUGCCGCAGCUGGCAAGAUGGGGCCUGUUGAGCCGUAGCCUCCCUCUGGUCCACGCCGCCAGGAGCCUCCACUGUGGGGCGACCAGCAUGAUCCACGUGAAAAAGCCGUCUGAGCCUAAGGAGGUUGAUCGCUGGACAGAGAAACGAGCCUUAUUUGGGGUUUAUGACAAUAUAGGAAUUUUAGGAGACUUUCAGGUUCACCCCAAGGACUUGAUCAUAGGGCCUAAAUGGCUGCGAGGCUGGAAGGGAAAUGAACUGCAGAGAUGUAUCCGGAAGAAGAAAAUGGUAGGCGAUCGAAUGUUUGACCAGGAUUUCAAGAACCUUAGCAAAAGGAUCAGUUUCCUGUACAGACGCUUCAAUCGCACUGGAAAGCACCGCUAAGAGUAGACUUGUGGGAACCAGCCAUGUGCAUCCUGGAAGGAAUGGCAUCCUGGGGCAACAGGUGUUUAAGCACCUGGAGCUGUGCACAGAAUGGAGUCUUGUAAAAUCACAAUAAAUUCAAUUGCUCUUCCACAACCA